UUGCAUUUCGGGGGAAAGACGCAUCUCUGAUACUGUCCGAAGCGGCUGAGGAGGAUCCCAUUGCGGCGAGGGAAAAACGCAGUUUGGGCGCAGACGCUCUGACGGUGGGACAGUCAAAAUGAUGCGUAGGAGGUGAAGCGUUGAGCCGUAUUGAUGGAUGUGUUAACAGAAAGCAGUCUCACAUUGAUUGUGAAGACUUCAGAACCAGAAAAUGCAAGUGCAGAGAAAACAGGGAUAUGUGAGCAGAGCGGUGAUCUGAGUCUGUGCGGCCUUGUUGAUGCUGCUCUCCCUCCAGCCUCAUCUCCUCCUGCCGCAGAGACUUCACAGCAGGCCUGCCAAACUCACCAGAGGACCACGCCCACAUCACCAACACUCUCUGUUCCCCUUGACACUGACUCCUCUUUGAGUCUAACAGCAACCCCUUGCCCCCCCACUGAUGAUGCGCCGACUGUAGUCCCCCAGCUUCAGCACACCCCCACUCCCACAUCACUUCCCACUCAAGCUGUAAGCUCUUGGGACCCAAAAGGAGACACCCAGAAGACGUCUCUUCUGCUGCCUGUUGCACUCCCUCUGUCAACUACAAUGAUGGAGCCUGGCACGGUGUCUGUCCUGACGGAUGAGUGUCUUCUUCAGCCUACACGCACCUGCCUCGGCUGCUUCAUCGAGACCCGGGAUGCUACUGACCCUAAUUCCAUCCAGAACCCACCCCUCGACCCAAACACCAACCAUGACACAGAGACUGGGUUAAGUGUGAGGAUAGGAGAUGUGAGCCGAGAAGACUUCUCUGACAUCAACAAUAUCAGCAUCCAGUGCCUGAGCCAUGCGGGGGAGGCAGUGAGUCAUUAUGGUGAACAGCUCCUCUCUGACCAGCUACUUAGCUUUCCUCUGCCGAAGGCCCCAGGUGAGGGCAAGAGAGAGGAUGAAAACAAAACAACGGAGGACUGCGAUGACCCUGAGGAUGAUGUGACAGCUAAAAACCUGUAUGAGGGACUGUUAUUGGACAAAGUGAGCGGAGAGGAGGUUCUGCUGGCCAAUGCCAGCCAGGACUGGGGCUACUUUGAAUCCUUCAUCAGCGAGAGUAAAAUGGAACUGCUGGACCUGUGUUCUAAGAAUGAACUGUCAGUCAACCUCUUCUCUGAGGAAGAUGUUGACAAUCUCUUUGAUGAUGAAGACGAUGACUCAACUUUGAGUAGUGAUGUCUGUUCAUUGAAGAUUCGUUACGAAUCUUUCCAGGACAACAUGAGGGAAAAAACAAAUGUGCUCCAAGAAGAGACACAGUUUAACUUCUUCCCGAGUGUCCUGGCCAACUGUGCCAAGAAAGAGGAGGGAGCAGGAGUCUUGAGGAGGAGUGUUGAGGAUGCUCAGCCCAAAACUAAUGAGCUAAUACUGGAGACAGGACAGGAAGAAAAGGUGGGGGACUGCAGUGGUAAGAGCCCCCUUGAUGGUUCCCAAGGGUCACCCAUGUCAACACCCAAAGUCAACUACCUAAUGGACUUCAAUUCAACAGAGGAGUCAGGUGAAUUCAGCGAUGACAGCUCCUGCACUGGCUCCUCCUCAGACACCCUGCAGGAGGGCAGAUUUAAGAAGGGCCACUCAAAGAGAUUGCUCAGCCCAUCUAACCCUCUCAACUAUGGUUUGCGCUCCAAGAGAAAGGUUCGAUACAGUGAUGAUUACUUAUAUGAUGUUGAUUCGCUUGAAAGUGAGAAGAAUGCAGAGAAAAAAGAGAAAGUUCCUACGGGUCAAAAAGAGGAAGAGGACGUAGACUGGUGUCCUAAGAAGCGUCGGAAAUCAUGUCGGAAAGAGCCACCAGUGGUAAUCAAGUACAUCAUCAUCAACAGGUUCAAAGGAGAAAGACUCAUGUCAGUGAAACUGGGCAGGUUGGAACCUGUGGAUGCUGCUGUGAGUUUAAACACAGAAACAGUAAGCAAAUAUGAGAGACUGGCUCCUCUGAAGGAUUUCUGGCAUGAGAGGCAAAGAGAGAGACAGGAACAGCUUAAGCUGGCUGCCAGAGAUAAACAACAACGCGGCGUUCAUCUAAACGGACGCCAUCAUCGUCCUUUUAACUCUAGUCAUCCAAAAAGAAAAUACAAGAUAGCAAACAGGCUUAAGGUUCAGAGGAUUCACACUGUGGAGCAAUCAGCAACAGCACAGGGCUCCCCUCUCUCUGAUCAGGGCCAGAGAGGUGUCAGUAAAGAAGAGGCCACCCCCACGGUAGCAGGAAUAACAGCAGCCCCAGGCCUCCCAGUGACAUUAGACACAAACUCCAUCAUGCACACAGUCACAGCCAAGAGCCGCUCCCAGGAGAGAGAGGAGAGGGAGGGGAGGAGAUUGGGAGGAAAUAAAACAGUCAGGAUAAGGAAAUUCAAAAGCGAAGCCAGGCUGAGGAGCAAGAAAAUGAAAGAGGCAGAAGGAGAGGAGGGGAGGAGCGUGACAAAUGAAACGGAUGCCUGUGUCGCUGCGGCACAGAUUGAGGACCUUACUGCUGAGUUAGAAGAGGCAGGCAUUAGCUCAACCACAGUCAAAGCCCAUUUCUCUGACAAUACCACCACAGCUCACACAUCUGAGGAGAGAUUUCCCUUUGUUUCGUCCAACUGCUCUCCUGACAAAGCUCCCUCAGAGGAGGAGGUGGAGGCGGGUGUCCCUGUCAUCCCAGGGGGCUACCUGCAGACCCUGUUAGAUGCUACAGACUCCUCCAGUGGAGCAACUAUCCCUUAUUUCCCCCAGCAGUCCUCUAGGCAGCAGUAUCCACUGGGGCUAUCCCUAGAGGAGAAACAGUUUUCUUCUCUGCAGCUUGCUCAGAGCUGUGUCCUCUCCCCUCCCUCCGAGUCAGAGCUACAACAAUCUCCCCAGAACUGCCCCAGCUUCCCCAGUAUGUGGCACCCACAGCUAUGCCCAAGCCACAGCCAGAGCUUUGGGCCUGAGACCCCUGAGACUCCCAUCUUACCCAACAACUUCCCAGCUACAGUGCCCUUGAAUGACAACAUGCCAGUGUCUAACUACAGCCAGCUGAGCCCUGAGGCUGACAGGCUGCUUUAUGAUAAGAGCUACCUGACUGAGUCUGGGCUGCAGCCUGGGGCAGAUCUGCAAGUGUGUCAGGCUGCCUGUGUGGAAGGCCAGGUGCAAUACCAGAGAGGGUCCCUGUGUACAGACAAUGGCAGGCUCAUCAGCUAUGACUCAGUGGGUUCUCUGUCAGCCUCCUCCAGCAAUUACAGCUCCCUCAGCCUCAAGUCUUGUGAGCGAGAGGGUGAGGAGGAGGGCCGAGACAACUUCUUAGCUCAUUGCAGUCCUAAAGUGGUGAUUCAGCAGAGUGUGGAUGCCCUUACCCCACUCAGGGAGUCCUCAGACCUGCUGGACAUUUCCAACUUCACACCCGACAAGUUUAGACACUCAUCACUGUCAGAGCUUUCCCCACCUGAAACCCCAAAUCUGUCCCCGCAAGUGGUGGGACGUGAGAUGAAGAUCUCGGGCAAUGUUGGAGAAUACCAGGAUGUUAAUGAUAUGACUAUGGAUUGUAAUAGGGAGGCAAAGUGGAACUGUGAUGUUAUGCAGCAACAAGAGCACACAGCAAAUACAUACACAGCGGAAGACAGCCAGUUUCCACUGCACAACUUUAACAGUCAAGAUGUUUUAACUAUAGAUAAAAAGGAACUGGGAGCUACAGAAUUUGAUGAACAGACCGGUGAAACUUUGGCUGGUGCAAAGAGCAUUAAGUCAAAGAGGAAAGGCAAUUGCAAACAAACAGCUGCAGGACAGGGCCCGAAGAAAGUCCGGGCUCCCAGAGCUGCUAAGUCAGAAAAGGUCAAAACCCCCAAACAGAACUCACGUUCCACCAAAAAGAUAAAGGCCAUGUUGGAGGGUAAGGCAGCAAAGAACCAAGCAGGUGGUUGUGGCACAGGUCUGACUGACAGUAGUAGCAUUGGGGAGUGGUCUGGCACUGGCUGGUCAGAGAGCAACAGCCUGGUUGGAGACGACCAGAGAGAAUUUGAAGAGCCCUCCAAUAUUCUGUCCAACAUUGUCUCUGGCAUGGCUGAGGUCCAAAGGUUCAUGAUGGCCUCCAUUGAGCCACUCUGGAAUCCAAUGUCUGAGGCCUGCAUGCCCUCUGAGGCCAAUAGUCUCAACCUAAAGACCCUCAAAAUCUUGGCAGGCACAGAGGCUGACCUGAAGAAAAAAGGAGCCGCGCUAACAGGGGCCGGGAGAGGCAGAAAGGCAGGGGGAAAGGGAGGGAAAAACCAGGCCAAAUUUAAUGCUUCUCAUCCCUUAUUCCCCCAGCUAGCUCUGGGCUGUAACAUGUUUGACAAACCCAACUUUAUUAACCCCGGCCCUGCACACAAAAAGCUCUACCGCCACAAGACCAGUGCAAAGUUCCCUCGAAUUGAGACACUGAAGGGGAAGCGAGCUGAGAGGGACCCAAAUAAGGACUUAGCACUGAUGACCUCUUUUGAAAAACUGAGGUAAUAUUUUGUUAUCAGCUGCUGUUGCACCCCCUUCUCACUAUUCCCAACUACCUGCUCAGCACCCCUCCCAAGCAUACCCACACUGACGCUAUGCCAGAGCUGCAUGAGUACUUCGCCCCCCCACCCCCCCCCACCCCCGACUACUCCCACUUCCUUUUACCCCACUGCCCCCAGGAGGAAAUUAAUAUCUGCAUGAAAAAACUUCUUGUACUUUGCAAACUACCUAUUGAGUGAUUGUGUCAAGCUUGAUUGAGAUUUGAAACGACCAUGGCUGCAUUUUUCUUGCUUUCGUUGUUUCUGCCUUGUUUGUUCUUCUUAUAGUCAGUUUUGUUUUACUUUUGUCUGAAAAAAAAAAAAGAUUAAGCCUUGAAAACAGUUCUGUCGCCUUUUUGAGGAACUUUGUUUUUGUAUUUUCUCAGCAGAACUAGCUCUCCCCCAGAUUAAUGUAUUUAUUACCCUUUUCCCUAAAGAUGUAGCUAUAUACACAAAGCAUUGAGUGACAUCUACACACCCCUCCUCCUCAUCUGUUUUUGUAUGCAGAAUAUGGAUGUCCUGUUGUUGCUGUCCUUCAUACACUGCCUGGCUCAUUUCAAGAGGGAAACCUACAAAUAUUGAGCCCUAUUUAAGCUCAAGACAUCUUGAACACACAAGAUGGGACCAUUUUGUAUUGAUGACAUAUCAGACGUUGUCUUUUUUUCCCCCUCAAGGUUGGAAUGACUGUCCAUUUACUUUUAUCAAGCAUUUCUUUUUCUUCUGGAGUUAAGAGGAACUGGUUAUCUAAAUUUACAUUUUUACGCCUUGCCAAUUCAUAAAAGCUCCACCCUCAGAGUAUUUUUGUCAAUGUUGUUGUACAGGGACAUGCAAUAUUUGCAAAAAAAGAUGAUUAUAAUCUUAAAAUCAAUGUGCCAAAAGUAACAAUGCUGUGUAAAUGACCUCUUAUAUAUGUGUGAAUAUUGGCUGUUCCUCUUUUCUAUCCAUUGGAGUAUUGGCUGCUCGGGUUGGAGACUCCUCACAGAGAUUUGCCACCACAGGAAAUCUUUAUUUGGGACUUUUCUCUCUUCUCUGAUGAAAGGCACCAACAGCUGGCAGUGGUACGCCACCACUCACUAAACCAAAUCAGAAAGACUUUGAAUUCUCCUUGUUUCCCCCACUUUGUUUGCCAAAUUCAAUUUACCUCAACAUCGCCUGGCACUGAGAAGCAACAAAAGAGAGGCAAAGGGGAGAUCUGCUCUGAAGGUUACAGUAGAGGAUGAAGAUGAAAAACGAGAGGCUCAAAUGAGCUUUCUCUGGACCAAGGAAAGGGUAGUGCAGAUGUUUUAGGGUAAGCAAGGAAUUUAUACUGUAUGUCAGUCGGGGCUGUUCCCCACUGAAUAGUUGUUUUAUACUGAAUAAUCAAGGCAGUUUAUUACUCAUAGAGAUUCUGAUGCACACAUCAGCCGUGAAUGGACAGGACAUUUUUGCAGUUAGGCUAAAUGUGAAUGUGAAAGCAGUUUUCAGUAAAAAUCAAAUUAGUAAUCUUGUAAAUGAAGGAAAGCAUGUCUUUGCGUUAACUCCACUUGGGAAUCUUACUCAUAUCUUACCUUAAAUGGUAAUUUAAACAGUAAUUAUUCUUGACAUCCUCAUGUAAUGUAUUACUUAACACUGCCAUCUUUUAUAAGUUGCACCAAUGGUGAAUUUUCUUUCUGAUUAUUUUUAUUAAUUCUUCUUAUUUUUUUACAUGAUAUCAAAUUUGUAUUUAUUUCUUCUGACUGCACUUUUAUUUACACAUUGACUUUUAGUGUCAUCUCAGUUUGGAUGGGUUAGUAUUUGGUAAAAAAAUAUCGUCAACUAAAAAUCAAGGCCAAGUAAAGGUAAAAAAAACCGUGGUGCUAUCUGAUCCUGCAUAUUCCCAGGCUAUUAAUGUAAAUUACUUUGGGCUCAUUCACUGCCUCACUCCUUAAAAAUCCACCUUGAAAUGAAAUGAAUCAUACAAUCAUGUUUGAUAGACUUUAAAAUGUUUGGAUUAUAUAUACUGAAUGAACUUAAGGAGAACACAGAGCCCCUCCUACAACAUUUAGUCUUUCAGUUAUUAAAGGAAACAAUUGGCCAAUAGUUUGUUUCUGUUUUGAACAUGAAUUUGAAGCACAGCUGUUAGAUUGCUCAGAAAUAUGUGGACACAUGGAGGCUUGACGUAAAAACAGGCCUUGUCACAUUGGAUACGGUAAUUCUGACGCACAGGUGAUGGUAAUUAAUUGCUUGCAUAUGGCAAGAAUCAUAAUCAAUCUUUCUAUCUCUUUUUUUCUCUCCUCUCCGCCAUGAUCCUUUGUUUCUUUUCUCCAGUGUAUCAGGGUUAGGACCAAGACAAGCUGCUGAUGGGAAGCUCCACAUGGGCUGCAAGCCCAUUAAGUCUGCCUUCUCUCAUUUCUGCCUAUUGUCAAAUUGAAUGUACUUUCUGAGUUCAUAGUUUUUAAUUUUCUUCUCUCUUUUUUUUUUUGGUAAAAAAAUGUGCCACUGUUGAGCUGCCUCAUGUUAAUGGUGCUAAGAAAGCAGACAAUUGUUUUAUUUUAUUUUUUUUGAUUCUGUUUGUUUACCCAGAUUUAAAAAAAGAAAUGCAAAGUAGAUUAGGUACCUAACCCUCUUUAUGAAUGUAUAUUAUAAUGUUAUGUUUGAUGUAUUCACUUCAUGAUUCUUUGACAUUGAUUGGAAUUACUUUUGCUCUUUUAAUUAAAAGAUUACCGAGCUUUAUAUAUACUGUCUAGAGUUGUUACAAGAAGGAAUCUUAAUGAACUCUUGACACUACAAAAUCUUGUAUAUUUUUUGUGUGCCAAUUUGUAACAUAUUUUGUAAGUGUAUAUUUUUCUUAGAAAGUGCUGUGAAGUAUUUGUGUGUGUGAGUAACCUUUUAAGCGCCUCUGUGGGCAGUGGAAAGGAUAUAAAAUGACGAGUUUCUGGUUUUAAAAACCAAAAUAUGAAAGUAUCAACAGAAAACUAGAACUAUUUACAUUUUGUUGGGAGUUUUGUAAUAAGACCAUGAUCUUGUUGUGAGAGUGUUGUGUUACUGUGAAAACACAAAUAAGCAAAGAAAAAAAAAUGAAAACUUGGAAAAAAUAUAAUUUGUGAACAAUUUGCUGUUUUAUAGAUUUUCAUGUAAAUUAUUUGAGUAUUAUUUUGUUUUUUUUGUUUUGUUGUAACUGUUGCAAAGGUUUUAAAUAUUUGUGAUCAAGCCUGUACGGUGACAAUGUAAUAUUGGUAACUUGCUGAGUUUUGUAAUAAUGUUUAUGGAGUAAAUAUACAAAUUAAAAUAAGAUUUUGAAUGCUGCUUUCUGAAGA